CUUGUAAAAUAGAGUACUCCGUCCGAAGCGCUCUGUAUUUCCUCUAAACAUACAAAAAAUCCUCCUUUUCCUCCCACAAAAUGAACGCCGCUUGCGAUCACUCCGAUCUCCGUCCGCUGGAGACACCCCUCGACCCAAUGGAAUUUCUUUCUCGCUUAUGGAGCUCCUCAACUCUCCAUCUCUAUGACGAAACUCUAGCAGAUCAUGGCUUCGCCGGAGAUCAUGAGUCGGCGGCGUCGCCAUGUAUGACGACUGUCUCCGGCAACCCGUUCUCCUUUGCAUCUUCUUCUACUUCCCAACUCGUUCUUGAUCGACUGAUGUCUCAAGAGAUGUCUCCUCGGAGCUCUGGUCGUCUCUCCCACAGCAGCGGGCCUCUCAACUGCAGCUAUCGUAUCAACAGCCCCCAAGUCUCCCCUUCCGAUCUCAACAAUCAGAAGUACAUCCAAGCAGUAUCUGGACAGCAGCGGCCGUCAGGCGGCGGGAAAACGGUGGGGAAAUGGCUAAAAGACCGACGGGAAAAGAAGAAAGAAGAAGCACGUACACAUAACGCACAAUUACACGCGGCAAUCUCAUUGGCCGGGGUUUCCUCUGCGGUGGCGGCUGUGGCGGUUGCGACGGCGAGAGAGAUUGGCCGGAAGGAGCGCUCGGCACAAACUGAUAUGGCCGUGGCGUCGGCAGCUAUGCUGGUAGCGGCGCAGUGCGUGGAGACGGCGAAGGACAUGGGCGCCGAUCAUGACCAACUCGUUGCCGCCGUUGGAUCCGCUGUUAGUGUCCGCAACUGCGACGACAUUGCCACUUUGACAGCGGCCGCAGCCACCGCUUUGAGGGCAGCAGCAACACUGAAGGCCAGGACUUUAAGAGACGUAUGGAACAGUGCAGCAGUGAUUCCUGUAGAGAAGAGUGGAAUGAGUUCUCUGCCGGAAAAUCAUCUCGAUCACCAGAACAAGCUUAACAGCCCUGCGACAUCCGACGGAAAUGACAGUAUUGAUACAGGAUUGAACUAUGAAGAGAACUUUCUAGGAAUCUGCAGCCAGGAGGUUCUUGGUCGAGGUGCCGAGCUGCUCAAAAGAACCAGGAAAGGUGAUCUUCACUGGAAGAUUGUCUCAGUUUACAUCAGCAAGAGGGGUCAGGUGAUACUAAAAAUGAAGAGCAAGCAUAUAGUUGGAACAAUCACAAAGAAUAAAAAGAGUGUGGUGAUAGAGGUUUGCAAGGAGGUGCCGGAGUGGUCGGGCCGGAAUUUACUAGAAGGAGGCGAGCAGCGGCGGUACUUCGGUUUGAUGGUCUCAGAAGGUAGGAUUAUAGAGUUUGAGUGCAGGACAGAGAGAGAGCAUGAGAUUUGGACAGAAGGCAUUACUCACCUGCUUGACAUCUCCAGAGAUGGGAGGAGUCGCCGGACCUCGCUGAAGAAAUAGUUGCAAGUUGAUCUGUAUGAAGAAUACCAUCUAGCAAGCCAUGAUCAUACCUUUGUUAAGUUUUAAUUUGAUAAGAAAUAUUAGAUAUCAGUAUAUAUAUACGUGACAGUGUCCUUUAUAUAGUCAUCUAUAAAAAGGAAGUUUUGCAUGGUGAA